AUGUCGCUUGUGGGCAACUUCACCUUCAAUAACUACGAUGGCCAGAACCAGCGUAGUGGUAUCAGUGCUCUUGGAGGCACUGCCUUCCAGCACGAUGAACACCACGAGCAAGCCGACAACUCGACACGGGACACUCAUCUGAACCCGGACCGCCACGCCGAGCAUUCUCGCAUUCCUGCCUCUCGCCAGACAUCGAGAACCUUUACCACAGAACAAGCCGACCUUUCUCAUUCCGGAAUCCACGAUGGCACAUAUUAUCCCGACGGAAUCCCUCCAUCAAAUGAGAAGAACGGACUCGAGCUAGCAGAAUCACCAUCAUCCUCUCAGAGCGAGGCUGCCUACGAAAGAGAUGAGAAGGUCCAAGACCUCGCAAGAGCACUGAGUCGUACCAUGUCACAAGCACCCGAUGACCCGUUCACCUACGAGGACGACUCGCCGCUCAACCCCAACGGACCCAACUUCGUCGCAAGAGAGUGGGUCAAGUCCAUGUACAAGAUGAACCAGAGAGAAGGCGUGCAACAACGUACCGCCGGUAUCGCCUUCAAGAACCUGAACGUUCACGGUUUCGGUGCCGACUCUGAUUACCAAAAGACUGUGUCCAACAUCGCACUCGAGGCGGUCGGCGGAGUCAAGAAGUUGAUGGGGCUUGCCAAGCAAAGAAGAAUCGACAUUCUUCGCGAUUUCGAGGGUGUCGUCAACCCUGGCGAGAUGCUUGUCGUUCUCGGUCCUCCUGGUUCUGGGUGUUCGACUUUCCUUAAGACUCUGACUGGAGAGACCCAUGGCUUCAAUGUUGAUGACAAGUCAUAUCUCAACUACCAGGGUAUCGAAGCCAAGGACAUGAACACCAAGUACCGCGGCGAGGCCAUCUACACCGCCGAGGUGGAUGUUCAUUUCCCGAACAUGACCGUAGGCGACACUCUGUACUUUGCAGCCCGCGCUCGCGCUCCUCACACUGUCCCUGGCGGCCUCUCCAAGGUCAGAUGGGCCGCGGCCAACAGAGACAUGAUCAUGGCCACUUUCGGUAUUUCUCAUACAAUCAACACCCAGGUUGGAAACGAUUUCAUCCGUGGUGUCUCUGGUGGUGAGAGAAAGCGUGUCUCGAUUGCUGAAGCCGCAUUGAGCGGUGCUCCUCUACAAGCCUGGGACAACUCGACUCGUGGUCUCGACAGUGCCAAUGCCGUUGAGUUCUGUAAGACACUCCGUCUCUCUUCAGAAUUCUUUGGUACCACUCCCAUGGUUGCCAUCUACCAAGCCCCUGGUGCUGCUUACGACCUCUUCGACAAAGUCAUCGUUCUCUACGAGGGUCGCCAAAUCUUCUUCGGUAACACCACCGAAGCCAAGACAUACUUCGAGAAUCUUGGUUUCCAAUGCCCCGACCGUCAGACUGACGCUGAUUUCCUCACCUCCAUGACUUCGGCUCAGGAGCGUGUUGUCCGCAAGGGCUGGGAAAGCAGAGUACCGAGAUCGCCUGAUGAGUUUGCUGCUUGCUGGAAGGCCAGUCCCGAACGCCAACGCCUCCUGGAGCAGAUCGAUGAAUUUGACAGAAAGUACCCCUUCGGCGGACAGUCGACCGAGGUAUUCGCUGCAUCGCGCAAGGCUCAGAAGGCAAAGGGUCAGCGCGUUGGUUCUCCUUACACCCUGUCCUAUCUCCAGCAAGUCAACCUGUGUCUUUGGCGUGGCUUCCGACGCCUGAUAGGAGAUCCCAGUCUGACCUUUACUCAACUCUUCGGUAACUUCAUCAUGUCUCUGGUCAUUGGCUCUCUUUUCUUCAACCUCGACAACGGCACGGAUUCCUUCUACAGCAGAGGUGCUCUUUUGUUCUUUGCUAUUCUGAUGAAUGCUUUCGGUUCAGCUCUCGAAAUCUUGACGUUAUACGCUCAGAGACCUAUCGUCGAAAAGCACUCUCGCUAUGCCCUGUACCAUCCGUCUGCCGAAGCUUUCGCUUCUAUGUUGACGGAUAUGCCAUACAAAAUUUUGAACGCCAUCAUCUUCAACUUGACACUCUACUUCAUGACUAACCUUCGUCGCGAACCCGGAGCAUUCUUCUUCUUCCUGCUCAUCUCCUUCUUCCUGACAUUGACCAUGAGUAUGUUGUUUAGAACAAUCGCCUCGGUCUCCCGUACUCUUUCGCAAGCCAUGGCUCCCGCCGCUAUCUUGAUCUUGGCCAUCGUCAUCUUCACCGGUUUCACCAUCCCUACUCGCUACAUGCUUGGAUGGAGUCGCUGGAUCAACUACCUUGAUCCUGUCGCUUACGGUUUCGAAGCUCUCAUGAUCAACGAGUUCCACGGGAGAGAUUUUCCUUGCUCCGCACCCGUACCUUUGUAUGGAACAUACGACCAAGGAACUCAGGUCUGCAGCACUGUCGGUGCUAUCGCCGGCCAGAACUUCGUCAAUGGAGAUGCUUACAUCAACUCGUCGUUCCAAUACUACCACAGCCACAAGUGGCGCAACUUCGGUAUCGUCAUUGCCUUCAUGCUCGGUCUGAUGUGCUUCUAUCUGGGAGCUACCGAGCUGAUCUCCGCCAAGAAGUCUAAGGGUGAGGUCCUUGUGUUCCGCAGAGGCCACGCCCCUGCCGUUCUUACUAAGAACACUCCCGACGAUCUCGAAGCUGCUGGUGCUGCUGAGGCUGUUGCUGAGAAGCAGCAUAAUGCUGUCGAUCCUACCGACAUGAUUCAGAAGCAGACAGCUGUAUUCCAUUGGGAGGACGUUUGCUACGAUAUCAAGAUCAAGAAGGAAGACCGCAGAAUUCUGGAUCACGUCGACGGCUGGGUCAAGCCUGGUACUCUUACCGCUCUCAUGGGUGUUUCUGGUGCAGGAAAGACUACCCUGCUGGAUGUCCUUGCUACUCGUGUUACCAUGGGUGUCAUCUCUGGAGACAUGUUCGUUGAUGGACGCUCGCGUGAUGAAUCCUUCCAGAGAAAGACCGGUUAUGUUCAACAGCAGGAUCUUCACCUUCAAACUUCUACCGUCCGCGAGGCUCUUAACUUCAGUGCCCUCCUUCGUCAACCUGCCCAUGUUCCCCGCCAAGAGAAGCUCGACUAUGUCGAUGAGGUCAUUAAGCUCCUCGACAUGGAUCAGUACGCAGACGCUGUCGUCGGUGUUCCUGGAGAAGGUCUCAACGUCGAGCAGCGUAAGCGCUUGACCAUUGGUGUCGAACUCGCUGCUAAGCCUGAACUCUUGACUUCAUGGGCUAUCUGUGAUCUUAUGGAGAAGCUUACCAAGUCCGGCCAGGCCAUUCUCUGUACCAUCCAUCAGCCUUCCGCCAUGUUGUUCCAGCGCUUCGACCGUCUCCUCUUCCUUGCCAGAGGUGGCAGAACUGUCUACUUUGGUGAAGUUGGCAAGAACUCCAAUGUCCUGACCGCUUACUUCGAGCGCAACGGUGCCCACAAGUGUCCCCCUGACGCUAACCCUGCCGAGUGGAUGCUCGAGGUCAUUGGUGCUGCUCCCGGCUCUCAUACUGACAUUGACUGGCAUCAAACGUGGCGCGACAGCAAUGAAUACCGUCAAACAAAGGCUGAGCUCGAGAGAUUACGUACCCAACGCCCCCAGGAGACUCAGCCUUCGACCGAUCCCAACGACCAGACCAGCUUCCGUGAAUUUGCUGCUCCUUUCGGUGUGCAAUUCAUGGAGGUUACCAAGCGUGUGUUUAUCCAAUACUGGAGGACUCCCAGUUACAUCUUCUCAAAGCUCGCUUUGUGUACUUUCUCCGCUCUUUUCAUCGGAUUUGUGUUUUUCAAGGCCCCGAACUCCCAGCAAGGCCUACAGAAUCAGAUGUUCUCGAUCUUCAUGUUAUUCACCAUCUUCGGUCAGCUCGUCCAACAGAUCAUGCCCCACUUCGUCACACAGCGUGCUCUGUACGAGGUUCGUGAGCGCCCUUCCAAGACCUACUCCUGGAAGGCAUUCAUGUUGAGCAAUAUCAUCGUCGAGCUGCCCUGGAACUCUCUUGGAGCAGUGAUCAUCUUUUUCUGCUUCUACUACCCUAUUGGCUUGUACCGCAACGCUGUUCCUACCAACGCAGUCACCGAGCGUGGUGGUCUCUUCUUCUUGUUCGUUUGGCAGUUCCUCCUUUUCACCUCGACCUUCACCAACAUGGUUAUCGCUGGUAUCGAUCUUGCCGAGACUGGUGGUAACAUUGCCAACUUGAUGUUCUCCUUGACACUGAUUUUCUGUGGUGUCCUUGUUGGACCUUCUGUCAUGCCUGGUUUCUGGAUAUUCAUGUACCGCGUGUCGCCCUUCUCCUACCUGGUCGACGGUAUGCUGUCUGUUGCAGUCGCCAAUACCGACGUCAUUUGUGCCAGCAACGAAUACCUUCGUUUCAGCUCACCUGCAGGCCAGACUUGUGGCGAUUUCAUGGAUCCUUGGAUCGCGAGCUACGGUGGCUACCUCCAGAACAACCAGACCUCACAGUGCGAGUUCUGCCAGAUCGCCGACACCAACACUUUCCUUUCUUCAGUCAGCUCUUCAUACAGCCACCGCUGGAGAAACUUUGGCAUCCUGUGGGUCUUCAUCAUCUUCAACGCCGUUGCUGCAGUCGGUAUUUACUGGCUCGCCCGUGUGCCCAAGAAGCCUAAGAAGGCAAAGAGCGAGUAA